AUGCUUUGAGCCAAAAAGCCAGCAGAAAAAUGAAUAUAUAUGUAUUGAACUUUUCCCGAGACAUAUUAUAAAAGAUUUUUAGACAAAAAGAAUAAUGAAAUUAGCUCAAAUUUUAUGUUUAUCAAUUUUAUGAAAUUGUGCUUUACGAAGCGAGAUUCUGGAAUUGGUGGGAGAAUGAGCAUAGAGAAGACACAGAGGAAGUGGACAAUUUAA